GGACGGAAAAGUUAAAUUUAUGUUGAAGACAGCCACAAAGAACUGAAUUAAUUUUAAAAAUGAAUUGGAAAACACACUGAAGGGUAUUGUCUGUUUUGAUUUGUUGCUUUGAUGGUCAUCUGUUGGAGUCAGAUGUGGGAAAUGCAAAAGCCAGUUUAAGGCACCGAAGGAGAGAGACAGCCUAAGAGAAAAGUCACUGCAGAACAUUCCAGUGCAAGUAACUUUUGGGUGUUGGAAACAAAGGACUGAAAGACUAAAGAUAAACUGGAUCAAGACAGAAUCCAGCCGUCCUGCAUCAAAACAUUACUAGGGCAGAUUCAACAGUGGGUUGACUGGAGGACCAGGAAGAAACUCUAUGGUAGCUCAAGUCACAUCUCGGCAUCAGGAGGAACAUUUGGCACCUGGACACAUUCCCCUCCUACAGCCUCACUCCAGCCAUGGGGAAAUCUAAGAAAGGGGACGCUGUCUUUCUGAGGAAGAAGAUCACCCUGCUCAGGGCUUUCUCACUCCUUAUUGGCAGCAUGGUGGGUAGCGGCAUCUUCAUCUCCCCCAAAGGGGUGCUGAAAAACUCUGGCAAUGUGGGCCUCUCCUUGGUCAUCUGGCUUGCCUGUGGGAUCCUCUCUAUGUUUGGUGCUUUAAGUUAUGCCGAACUUGGCACACGGAUCACUAAGUCUGGAGGUCAUUACAUCUAUAUUUUGGAGACCCUGGGCCCUCUGCCAGGCUUCCUGUUUCUCUGGGCUGAAUACUUUGCUAUAAGACCAGCCAACAGUGCAGUGGUUGCGUUGGCAUUUGGACGCUACAUACUGGAACCGUUUUUUGCUCCGUGUGGAGCUCCACUUCUGGCUGUGAAACUUGUUGCUCUCCUUGGCUACUACAUAGUCCUCAUCUUGAACUCUUGGAGUGUCAGCUGGAGUGCCCGGCUGCAGACUGCCUUGUCCAUCAUCAAGCUUGCAGCUCUUGCUCUCAUCAUUGUCCCAGGCAUGAUGCUUUUGGCCCAAGGUCAUACAGAAAACUUCCAGGAUGCUUUCAAUUACCAGACAAUGGUUUUGGACAAGUUACCUUUGGCUUUUUAUGCAGGGAUGUUUGCUUAUUCAGGAUGGUUUCAAACUGGUUUUGUGCGAGAGGAACUCGUGAAGCCAGAACGAAACAUCCCUCUGGCUGUGAUUGUGUCUGUGAUCACUGUGAUUGUGGGUUAUAUGCUUACCAAUGUUUCCUAUUACACAGUACUUACAGCAACAGAUGUCCUGGCCUCCCAGGCAGUCGCUGUGAGUUUUGCACGCAAAGCUUUCCAGAGCCUUAUCUCGGUGGUCCCGGUCCUGGUUUCUCUGUCUUGUUUUGGAACCAUGAAUGGAGGAAUCUUUACAUUUUCAAGAACCCUGUUUGUGGCUUCAAGGGAGGGACAGUGGCCUCCCCUCUUCUCUAUGAUCCAUAUUCAGAGACAUACCCCCCUUCCAGCUGUCAUGUUGAUGUUCCCUCUGGUCACAGCCAUGAUUUGUGUGGGAGAUCUUUACCACCUACUGAACUUCUUCAGCUUCUCACGAUGGCUCUUCAUAGGGUUAGCCACCCUUGGACUGAUAGUUCAUCGUUGCCGCCACCCUGAGAUACUCAGCCCGUUCAAGGUUCCGCUUGCCAUCCCUGUUUCCUUUACAAUCAUCUGCCUUUUCACGGUGGGAAUGUCCUUCUACUCGGACCCAAUAAGUAUCAGCAUUGGCUGUGCCAUGGUUUUAAGUGGCUUUCCAGUUUACUAUUUGUUGCUCGUCAACCAGUCUAUGCGAAAAUGUUGCCGUACCACAUUCUGUUAUUUGACCUUGAAGCUUCAGAUACUCUUGAAGGUGGUGCAACAAGAGAUCAGGACUUAUUGAAGAGCACCAGGGGGAUUAAAAACCCAAAGCAUAUGUACUUUGAAGCUCCGGUUUUGUGACGGCUUCUCCAUCAGCCUACAUUUUAAUGCCACACACAUGCAGCACAUCCGCACUGAAGCUUCUUGUGCUUUUAGCUUGGUGUUUUGGCACCGGAAGGAAAGUUCAUGAGAAGUGCCUCAAAAUCAAAGGCACAGGAAACCUUGUGUUGAAUCACACCUUAGACUGUGUCAGAAAUUAAGCUCAUGCUGGUCUUUCUGUUGUCCCCAAUCUGCCAUACAGAUGGACUUGAGUGCCUCUUACCCCUGAAGAAAAACUCAUAAAGAUCCAUCCAAAUCUACACCCGAUCCCUAAACACAGGCUUCAUACAGUUAUUCAAAGACAUGGAAGCAGUGUUUUAUAGCUGGUCAUGGUAUACAAGCUCUUUUUUGCAGGGAGUGGGACUUGGCUAACCUGGCCAAUACGCGUUUUUAUGUGCUCCAGGCUGCACUUUAGAAAAGAAAAAGGGGGGGGGGAGCUCUAAGUGUAAUAAGCCCUAUUUCAAAAGCUAUGUGUAGAUUUUGGUGUCACUCUCAUGAGCUCCUAUUGGAUGAUGCCAUGGUGAGUUUCCCCUUAUUUUCCAACAUCUGGAGCAUUUUUGAACGUUUGAAGGUGUUUUUUUUUUUAAUGUUGUUUUUAGUGUGUGAAAGGAUGGAUGCAUAUCCAACAAAGUGCUCUUGCAGUCAGACAAAGGAUAUAUUGCCUUAGGAGUGAAAUUGACUAUACCAGAAGCUGCAAGCACAUUGGUUUAGCCAAUCUCACACUUUUGGAUUUUGUGGAACUGCUAUUGGAAAGGGGGAAAUCACUCCCAUUGCUCCAGAGGAACAAUCAUCUGUAUAUAGCCACAGUGGCUGUGAUUAAGCAAAAAAUAUAUAGACACACACACACACACACACACACACACACACACACACACACACACACAGGAUAGCCUAUGCACAGUCUUUACUGUAACUGUUACAUGGAAGUUAGUUCUACAGAAAUCAAUGGAACUUAUUCCUAUCCAUAUAAUAUGUCUAGGAUUGAGAUGCUAGUGUUAAAUGCGUGUGUGUGUGUAUGACUGCCUGCAUGGAUAAGUAGUUCCAUGCAAGGGGAGGGGGAAGAAAACCAUGGACUUGGGGCACAUGAUGCAGCAAGUUUACUUAAGCUAAGCAGGUCUGGGUCUGUUCAGCGCCUGGAUGGGAGACUGCCUGGGAACACCAUGUAUAUCCCUUUGAGUUCCACCAUGGAAGCAAGGGAGGAUAUACAUGUAAUAAAUAAAUAAAUUGUGUGUAUAUCAGCUUGCAUCUCACAUGCAUCUAUUUCACUGGGAAGCAGCUGUCAACAUGCAGGGCAAUAGGCGCAUAUGGUGUGCCAUGGAUAGUAUUUCCAUUUUCUUCCUACAUGGAACUACAAUCCAUGUAGGAAAAUGGUCACGUUUCAAGCAGCCCACUGAUGUUUGAAUGUCAGAACAACAACAAAAAUGAUGCUCCUUUUGGUUGCCACUAAAGAAAUCUAUAGUACCAUUAAAGAGUCCUCAUAGCUGUCUUCAUAUUCCUGCCCCCCAAUUCCAUUCUAUAUGCUGGAGAAAGUGGUCUAUAUGCUGCUUGUCAACCUCCCGAUCCAAUAAUUCUGCAAACCAAAGAUGAAAAGAGAAAAAUGAUUCUGCUACCAAAUUAACAAUCAAAUUGCCAAGAUGCUGUAGAUCACAACUCAAUAUUUGUCUCUGGCUUGUACAGUUCAACAGCUGCACAAAUAUUGAGUCCAUCCAAUCUAGAUAAAAACAAUGGGCUCAUUCUCACAAUUAUAAUUAGGGUAGAAGAAGCCUCCUAUCCUCGUUCAGGAGCUGCACGUGCUCCUGUUUUCUGAUAUUUAAAAAUUAUUUAUUGUUCAAUUUCUAUACCGCCUUUCAUAAGACAUUCCAAGACAGGAUUGUCUGUGAUUGCCUGUGAGUUUAAAACAAGGUAAGGUUGGAGACAGAGAGCUUGCUUGGUUGGAGGUUGGAGACAGAGGUUGGAGGUUGGAGACAGAGAGCUUGCUUGUGUGAUAGCCUGAGCUGGGUAGGUCGAGCAUGCCCUACCCAGAAUCAGUCCCCCAGCUUUAGAACGGAGGAACCCAGAACGUCCUACCCAGCUUUAAAACAUCCUACCCAGCUGGUGCUUAGCGCAUGAUCAAGCUCCUCACCUCUGACCUUGUUUUAAACUCACAGGUGAUCCCAAAAUGGGAGUAUGCACAGCUCCUGAACUAAGAUAGGAGGCUUCUCCUGCCUUAAUGAUAACCAUGAGAACAGCCACUGGGAGAGACACUAUGCUGGACUGAAUAGGGAUAGUUGCUCUCCCCCUGCUAAAUAUAAGAGAACCACCAGUUAAAAGGUGUCUUUUCCCAGUUAGCAGGGAUAGGAACUAAAUGCAGCGUAUUUCCUGAUGGGUGGGUUCUCCAGAAUUAAUAGGAGCCUAAUAUUUAAUUAUUAUUAAUACAAUAUUAAUACUAAUAUUACAAGACAAUGCAAAAUCAUGAUGACCCUAUGGAUGUUUCAUCAGAAGGAAUUUCAGCUCUGUUCCAUGGGACUUAGUUUCGUUCCUUGUAAAUGUGCUUAGGGCUAAAAGCCUAAAUAUGUUUAACUAGAUAAAAUGGUAGCAUAAUUUGUAUUUUAAGAUGUGGCUUGUGCUGCACAGCUAUACAGUGGAGGCGAUGGCAGAACAGUUAAAAGCAGAGACCUGGGCUUCCAGUGUCAAAGCGGAAAGCCCUGCUGGGGGAAACCCACCCACGGGAAAAGGCAGGAACAGUGAGUAGGGUAAGAGUUCAGCAUCCUUCCCCUGAUUUUCAUUGUCUCCCUCUUGCUGUAUAGCUGUGCAGCCACAUAGGAUACUGCCAUCAAAUAAAUAAAUCAAAUAAAUAAAUCAAAUAAAAAUAAAUACAAUCUAUCAAGUCAGAGACCAUUGUUUCCAGCUAGCUCAGUAUUUUCUACAUUCUCUGGCAGCAACUCUCCAAGGUUUCAGGCAGGAGUCUUUCCCAGCCCUACCUGGAGGCUUUACACACAGGGUUUCUACCCCGAAUCUCCUUCAGGAGAAAGUGUGUGCGUUCACACACCAUCCAAAUUUACCCCAAGGUCCCUUCGAGAUCCAUGGACCCAUUCCACACACAAGUUGGGCUUUGUCUUGCGAAUUCUAGCUUAUCUCGAGGUAUUUCCAGGUUUUUUAAAAUGCUGGUUUUAAGCUACUUUUUCUGAAAAUGCUGGAGCAAACAGGGAGAGGCACAGAUGUAGAAUCGUUAGCAUGAUAAGAGGGCUACUCUCUUUAGAAACGCAGAGGUUGCUCUUCAGUACUCUCUCCCUUCCACCCCCCACCAUUGGCUAGAAGGAAAACACGAAGGAAAACAUGUGAACUUGGAUCAAAAGCAAACCCAAAAGCAGAGGGGAGGGGCUGCUUCCCUCAAUGCCGCAAGUGCCAUUUGAAGUGGCUUCGCUCAACAUUUACCCUGCAGCAUGAAGCCCUGUGUAAAUAACUCCCUGAGGAGAUUUCAGGAGUGAACCCCUAGAGAAGUCUAUCACUGUCACAUCUAAUCAGGAAAGUCCCAUGAAACCCAGCAGGGCUUAAACCUGAAUGGGGCUCAGCUAUGUACAGGGCUUAUAUGCAUAAGUCUGGGCUGUAUGGCUCUAGGUAAUAUUCCCCAACAAACACUUUAAAACAGAAAGGUGCUAUUGUAAAUACUUUUUAAAAAGUGGAUUUUAAAAAUUCAGUAAAGGAAUAUUUAAGUUGAGAGUGGGGUUUGUAAAUGAAUAUAUCUGUCAAUGUAAUGAGAAUGAAGACUAAACUACUAUGGGAUUAUUUUAAUAAAAAGCAGUAUAGAAUGGAACAAUAAAUAAAUAAAAUUUCAGAAGGCUGCAAUCCAAAGCACACUUACAUAAGAACAUAAGAACAGCCCUGCUGGAUCAGGCCCAAGGCCCAUCUAGUCCAGCAUCCUGUUUUGCACAGUGGCCCACCAGAUGCCGCUGGAAGCCACAGACAGGAGUUGAGGGCGUGCCCUCUCUCCUGCCAUUACUCCCCUGCAACUGGUACUCAGAGGCACCCUGCCCUUGAUGCUGGAGGUGGCCCACAGCCCUCCAACUAGUAGCCAUUGAUAGACCUCUCCUCCCUGAAGUCAUCCAAACUCCUCUUAAAGCCAUCCAGGUUGUUGGUUGUCACCACGUCCUGUGGCAGAGAGUUCCACAAGUGGAUCACGCGUUGUGUGAAAAAGUACUUCUGUUUGUUGGUCCUAGACCUCCUGGCAAUCAAUUUCAUGGACUGACCCCUGGUUCUAGUGUUGUGUGAGAGGGAAAAGAAUAUAUAUCUCUCUCUCUACUUUCUCCACACCAUGCAUGAUUUUAUAGACCUCUAUCACGUCUCCCCAUAGUCGUCUGUUUUCUAAACUAAAAAGCCCCAGGUGUUGUAGUCUUGCCUCAUAAGAAAGGUGCUCUAGGCCCCUGAUCAUCUUGGUUGCCCUCUUCUGUACCUUCUCCAGUUCAACAAUGUCCUUUUUUAGAUGUGGUGACCAGAAUUGUACGCAGUACUCCAAGUGUGGUCGCACCAUAGUUUUGUAUAAGGGCAUUAUAAUGUUAGCAGUUUUAUUUUCAAUCCCCUUUCUAAUGAUCCCUAGCAUGGAAUUGGCCUUUUUCAGAGCUGCCGCACAUUGAGUCGACACUUUCAACGAGCUGUCCACCACGACCCCAAGAUCCCUCUCCUGGUCCAUCACCGACAGCUCGGAUCCCAUCAGCAUAUACUUGAAGUUGGGGGUUUUCGUAUAAGGCGGUAAGUCUGAAUUAUUUCAAACUGAAUGAAGAAGUUUUUUAUGUAUAACAACUUGCAUUAAAUGAGAGAUGAAAAUCCAAGGAGAUUAUCUAUUUUAGUUUACUGGAGAACUAUUUUAAGUCACUAUAGUGUGGCCACAUUUGGAGUACUGUGUGCAUUUCUGGUCACCAUAUCUUAAGAAGGACAUUGUAGAACUGGAAAAGGUGCAGAGGAAGAGGGCAACCAAAAUGAUCAGGGUCUUGGAGCACCUUCCUAUAGCAUCUGCGGUGUUUUAGUUCAGAAAAAAGACUACGGGGAGACAUGGUAGAGAUGUAUGAAAUUAUGCAUGCUAUAGAGAGAACGGACAGUGAGAAAUUUUUCUCCCUCUCACCACACUAGAACCAGGGGUCAUCCCAUGAAACUAAAGGAAGCAUUUUUUCACACAAUGCAUAAUUAAUUGAUGGAAUUCUCCGCCACUGGAUGUGGUGAUGACCACUAGCUUGGAAAGCUUUAAAAGGGGCUUAGGCAAAUUCAUGGAGGACAAGUAUAUCAAUGGCUGUAGGCCACCUCCAGCCUCCAAGGAAAGAUGCCUUUCAAUUCCAGUUGCAGGGGAGCAACUGUUAGGAAUCUGGUGGGCCACUGUGUGAAACAGGAUGCUGGACUAAAUAGGCCUUGGGCCUGAUCCAACAGGACUGUUCUUAUGUUCUUAACAUGUGAACAUGGUUUGUUUAUCCUGAAGGGUCAAAUCCUGAUCCCAUCUGAGUUCAAUGGAAAGUAUAUUAUUAAAGACUGUCAGAUCAGGAAUGCACUCUAACUUGUUAGAACAAAAUCUAAGCAGCAGUUCCAAGACACUUAUGUAAUCAAUUAGUAUAUGAUAUAAUGUAUAAGAAGGAGUUUGAAAUAAAGCAUUCAAAAUCUACUGAGAAUUUUUUUCCUGGUUGUCCAUUCUCGUGGUAAAAUGGGAUGAAAUGUAUAAAAACUGCUGCCUUGUUAUUAAUUUGCAAUCAGCCUUUGAAUGAAGACAGAUGUAACAUUUUAAGAGGCAAUAAAGGAGGUGUCGGAGCACCAUUGCUGCUAUCAAAACAA